GCGGCGGGGCGGCGCGGGAGGAUGGAGCCGGCGGCGGGCGCGCAGCCCCAGCCGCAGCCGCAGCACGAGCCCAUCAGCUUCGGCAUCGACCAGAUCCUGAGCGGCGCCGAGCCGGACGCCGCUCCCCCGCCGCCGCCGCCGCCCCCCCGGGGCCCCGACGGCGCGGCCUUCCUGGGCGGGCGCGGCGGAGCGCCCUACCCGGCGCUGCCCGCGCCCUUCCCCGCCAUCGCGGCGCCCUUCGAGGACUCGGGGUCGUACGGCGUCAACCUGAGCCUGGCCCCGGGAGGCGUGAUCCGGGUGCCGGCGCACAGGCCCAUCCCCGGGGCCGUGCCGCCGCCCAUCCCCAGCGCCAUCCCCGCCGUGCCCGGCCUGGGCGGCCUCAACUUCCCGUGGAUGGAGAGCAGCCGCCGCUUCGUCAAGGACCGCUUCACGGCGGCGGCGGCGCUGACGCCGUUCACGGUGACGCGGCGGAUCGGGCACCCCUACCAGAACCGGACCCCGCCGAAGCGCAAGAAGCCGCGCACGUCCUUCUCCCGGGUGCAGAUCUGCGAGCUGGAGAAGCGCUUCCACCGCCAGAAGUACCUGGCGUCGGCCGAGCGCGCCGCCCUCGCCAAGUCCCUCAAGAUGACGGACGCCCAGGUGAAGACCUGGUUCCAGAACCGGCGCACCAAGUGGCGGCGGCAGACGGCGGAGGAGCGGGAGGCCGAGCGGCAGCAGGCGAGCCGGCUGAUGCUGCAGCUGCAGCACGACGCCUUCCAGAAGUCCCUGAACGAGUCGAUCCAGCCCGACCCGCUGUGCCUGCACAACUCGUCGCUGUUCGCCCUGCAGAACCUGCAGCCCUGGGAGGAGGAGAGCGCCAAGAUUCCCCCGGUCACCUCCCUCGUCUGAGCCCCGGCCACCGCCGGGCACGCAGCGGACUCGCCCCCGCUCCCGGUCCCGGCACGAGCAGGGGGGGAGAGGCGGCGGCGACCGGAGCCCCCGGGACCGGGACCGGCCCCGGGACCAGCACCAGGACCGGGCCCCCCGCGCCGCUUCCCCGGGGCCAAGGCGGCGGCAGCGGGGCCCCGCGCUCCGCUUGUAUCUUCGUGUCGAUGUUCCACUAGGAGGGGAGAUAUGUCACUUUUUGUAAGAAGUGUUAAUAAUUUAAUUUAUUUAUGCAUCGAGAUUUUGGGCACUAUUAAUAUGGAAUUAUAUAAAACCUCGAUUAUUUAUAUCGAAAUGCGGACAUAGGGAUUUUGUGUUGGCUUUGGAACAAAAGGCUAUUUUUUUUUCCCGUUCUGAGGAUAGUCUAAAGAAAAAAAAAAAACGCACCUACCUAUCACUUAGCGGAGGGGACUAAGUGGAGCCGGUGAUGACUCAUUAGCUUAGGAAACCCUAUUAAGCUGAAAAGCGGUAGCUUCCAUCUGUCCCAGGUGAAGUUAAUGUCAGCUGUAAUUUAUUCACCGUAGUAAUAAGGGCUCCUUUCAGGCGACACACACACUUUAUUUCGUCCUCACCUUCUCCUGCCGAUGAGCUUAGCGCACCGAAACAGCACCUGCACCCUCUCCUUUCGCCACCGACUCUAGAGAAAGCGCCUUAUGUUUCAUAAUAAAGAAGAUUUGGGGUUGACACAGACCAUGUAUAAUACUUUGUACUUGCCGAGACGUGUAAAUAAACGUUUUCUUUAAAAACGCC